AAACGUUUUCACUCAGCUAGUGACAUCUGGUCACAACAGUACAUUCAAUACUGGAACGUAGCCUAAUUAGAAGCUUGUAUAAAGUUUUACGUCUUUUACACGAUACAACCUAUUCGAAGUGAUGUAUAUAGAUUCGCGCUGUUAAACCGAAUAAGUGCGGAAUAACUGACAUAACCCUUCGAAACACUGUUCUGCGAUCAUUGCUACUUGAAAAUAUGUUAAUUCAAACCCAACAGAAAUUAUUGUUCAAUGCGAUAGUGAAAUAUGGCAAAUGGUGGAAGUACAGUACUUCAGCUGUCAGCGAAGUCAAGGAUAAGACUCCGUCCAACGCAGAAUCAUUGUACUUACCCAUCGAAGAUUUGAGCUAUAAAGCCAGAAAGAGGAGAAAAGAUGAUGCUUUGUGUGAGAAGAUCAAGAAUUUGGAAACUGUGGAGGAGAAACUGAUCCAGCUCAACAUGCCACGAUAUUAUGGCUGGAAACUGUUACUUUUAAAAGAAGAUAAACUACCGUAUAAUUCAUUGAAGUACAUCCAGUAUAUCACGAGAACGCACAUUAUGAAAGAGCCUGGUCUUCCAGCUACCUACAACAACGUGAUUUCCACCGAACAAUUGGAUAGCAUUGUGGAAGCGGUCAAAAAUAACAUAGCGGAUGACAUAGCUUUCGAACAUUGCAGCAGACAGAGGAAGCACGAAGUAAGUGAUGAAGAUUUAGAAAAUAAAUUGAAGAUGGAAGAUAUUAUUUCCAAAGCUAUAAUCGAAAGAAUUAAUAGAACGAUGUUAACGCAUCUAUCUUCCAAGUACUCACACUUGUUGAAUACUGAGGUCGACAUCGAGCCAAGAUUGGAAGCAUCUUGGUUCAUGGGUACGGAACCUCAAGAGAAAGUGAGAAAAUUCAGAGAAAAACGAAAGUUACCGGACGAUUAUAUCGACGAGCCAGUUAACUUUCCUGUUCAAUAUCUGGGUCAACCUGUCAUAAAUCUAAGAUAUAAACAUCCAUUGAGAGAGAUUAUUUCUCUGAGCGAGUGUGAAAACCCAGACUUGGAUGUGCCUACGUUCAAGUACUCCCCUGGAGUGAUGGGUUUCAAGUUAGAUCGGCGACACGUGACCAACAUACCCGGAUUUUGGCCCGGCGAUGAGCACGAAUUUGGAUUGUUGUCUUAUCACAGUUGUGUUCACCUUUGCAGAAGAUCGCAGAAUUACGACGAUGUGUCAGAGGCUAAGAUAGCGAAAGCCAUUUUAGCAUCUUACAGUUGGUUAUUGACACAAGCCUGUUAUCAAGGUUUCUCGACGUUUAACGAUAUAACGUAUCCACUGACUACACAAACGAUCGUAACGGAUGGACAGUGGUGGUCGUUUUUCGCCUAUCAACUUAACACUCUGUUGCUGCAUUGCGAGCACAUAGACACGAAUCCAAAGCGCAACAUAUGCUGGGUCACGGAGCCUAUGAAGUUGUUUGAUAAGAUAGAAGAUGAGAAGAUUCACGGCUUAAAUGAAGAGGUUCUCAAGAACCUGAUCAAGUUUUACGCGAAUGUGCCCGAAGAGAGGGUAGGUGUGGAUUUGAAGCCGUAUUUGGGGAAAUCCGUGAAAGUAAUAGCCGAUAUAGAGCACGACGAGAGACGAAACUGGCUCGAGGAGCAUUACAAGUAUAUCGCGAGCAACAGACCGCGGCACAAACGAAUAUCCGAGAUAUAUAACUGGCAGAGAAUCUAUGUCAUUAAUCAUAAGACUCGUCAGCUGGAUAAGAAACGUGAACCAUUUGAACGCGGAAUCAAUAUAUACCGACGUAGAUUAGACGACCACCAGCCACGUUACAUACCGAAGUGUUUACGGGAGAACCCUAAAUUAAAGAAGGUGGGAAAAUGGGCCAAGACGUACUACCCGUAACUUAAGGUACAUGCAUAGUCAUUGUUGAACAUACAUAAAUAUAAAAGUGAUUAUGU